UUGCUCGGCGCUUGCAAUUUGGAAAACAACAUUCCUUUUUGGGAACUACAAGUCCCAAAGUGCACUGUGGGAAGAACGUGCCUCGUACCAGCUAGUGCCCAGCACAAAUUCCCAAAUAUGGAUAAGGAAUCAAGUUUGAAAAAGACUCACACUGGCUGGAUGCUCCUCACUGAGACUCAGAAAAGGAGUGAGACAGCAGAAAAACAAGGUUAAUAAUGCUUGUAAGGCAGAGGUGAAAGUGGCUCAGCAGAACAACAUCAGGAAAUCUGGCAGACUGGAAGAGCACAGCUGCCCCCCUGGGCAGCUGCCACGUGUGAAGCAUGGAGGAAAGCAAAAACGAGAAGGUGAACCAGGCUCAUGUUCUCUUCGACAGAUUUGUCCAGGCUUCCACCUGCAAGGGGACUCUCAAGGCUUUCCAGGAGCUCUGUGACUACCUGGAGCUAAAGCCCAAGGACUAUCGUUCCUUCUAUCACAAACUCAAGUCCAAGCUCAAUUACUGGAAAGCCAAAGCCUUGUGGGCCAAAUUGGAUAAAAGAGGCAGCCACAAGGACUACAAGAAGGGGAAAGCAUGCGCCAACACCAAGUGUCUGAUAAUUGGGGCUGGACCCUGUGGCCUUCGCACAGCCAUCGACCUGUCCUUCCUGGGAGCCAAGGUGGUGGUGAUAGAGAAGAGGGACGCCUUCUCCCGCAACAACGUGCUGCACCUCUGGCCCUUCACCAUCCACGACCUCAGGGGCCUCGGCGCCAAAAAGUUCUACGGCAAAUUCUGUGCAGGCUCCAUAGACCAUAUCAGUAUCCGUCAGCUCCAGCUGAUACUUUUGAAGGUUGCCUUGAUCUUGGGAAUAGAGAUCCAUGUCAAUGUGGAGUUCCGGGGGCUUGUUUACCCUCCAGAGGACCAGGAGAAUGAAAGAAUAGGUUGGCGUGCACUGGUCCAUCCCAAAACCCAUCCAGUGUCUGAGUAUGAGUUUGAAGUAAUCAUUGGAGGGGAUGGCAGGAGAAACACCUUAGAAGGGUUUCGCCGAAAGGAAUUCCGUGGCAAGCUUGCAAUCGCUAUCACAGCAAACUUCAUCAAUCGCAACACCACAGCUGAAGCCAAAGUAGAAGAGAUCAGCGGUGUGGCCUUCAUCUUCAACCAGAAGUUCUUCCAGGAUCUCCGAGAUGCCACAGGCAUUGACUUGGAGAACAUUGUCUACUACAAGGAUGAUACACACUACUUUGUCAUGACUGCCAAAAAGCAGAGCUUGCUGGAUAAAGGAGUGAUACGGCAUGACCAUGCUGACACAGAGGUCCUGCUGUCCCGGGAGAACGUGGACCAGGAGGCUUUGCUGAACUACGCCCGGGAGGCAGCAGAUUUCUCCACUAACCAGCAGCUGCCCUCGCUGGACUUCGCCAUCAACCACUACGGGCAGCCCGACGUGGCCAUGUUUGACUUCACGUGCAUGUACGCCUCCGAGAACGCCGCCCUGGUGCGGGAGCAGAACGGCCACCAGCUCCUCGUGGCGCUGGUCGGGGACAGCCUCCUGGAGCCAUUUUGGCCAAUGGGAACUGGAAUAGCCAGGGGAUUUUUGGCUGCAAUGGACUCUGCUUGGAUGGUACGAAGUUGGUCGCUCGGAGCCAGUCCUUUGGAAGUCCUUGCAGAGAGGGAAAGCAUUUAUAGGCUGCUGCCUCAGACCACCCCAGAGAACGUGAGUAAAAACUUCAGCCACUACAGCAUUGAUCCUGCCACCCGAUAUCCCAAUAUCAACGUCAACUUCCUGAGGCCACAGCAGGUACGCCACUUGUAUAAUACAGGAGAUUUGAAAGACAUUCACCUGGAGAUAGAGAACUUUGUGAACUCCAGGACACCAAAGCUGACUCGAAAUGAGUCCGUAGCUCGCUCUAGUAAAUUGCUCAGUUGGUGCCAGAGGCAGACUGAUGGAUAUGCUGGUGUUAAUGUGACAGAUCUGACAAUGUCAUGGAAAAGUGGCUUAGCUUUGUGUGCCAUUAUCCACAGAUACCGUCCAGACCUAAUAGACUUUGAUUCCUUGGAUGAGCAUGAUGUGGAGAAGAACAACCAACUGGCCUUUGACAUCGCUGAGAAAGAGUUUGGGAUCUCUCCCAUUAUGACUGGAAAGGAAAUGGCAUCUGUUGGAGAGCCAGAUAAGCUGUCCAUGGUGAUGUACCUCACACAGUUCUAUGAGAUGUUCAAAGACACCAUCCCCUCUAGUGAUAGCCUGGAGCUGAAUGCAGAGGAAAAGGCUGCCCUGAUUGCCAGUACCAAGUCUCCCAUCUCCUUCCUCAGCAAACUGGGACAAAGCAUCUCUCGGAAGCGCACUCCCAAGGACAAAAAAGAAAAGGAACUGGAUGGUGCAGGAAAGAGGAGGAAAACCAGCCAAUCUGAGGAUGAGGACCUCCCACGAAGCUACAGAGAAGAAAGGCCCACACUGGUGAGUGCCCUGACAGAGAGGAGAAUUGAUGCUGCCAUUGGGAAUCAGAACAAAGUCAAGUCCAUGGCAACCCAGCUGCUGGCCAAGUUUGAAGAGAAUGCACCAGUGCCGUCCUCACACUUACGAAGACAGCCACCUGUCCUGCCUUACCAAGAGCGUGUCCACAGCCAACCAUCCAGCAGACGAGAGCAGGGCCGGCUUGCCCCCAUACCCCAGUGGAAACAGAUGAGGCAUAAGGAACGUUCUCGGACCUGCCCCAAAAAAGUGAUCAUGCUCUCUUCUUCCACUCCAUCCUCCUCUCCAUCGUAUCCCAGGCAGCAGCCCGAGACGGAGCCGUCUCGCCGAUUCUUUGUUGACCAGUGGGAGCUCUCCCUUAGCCUCCGCUCUUCCAACCGCCCUUCCUCACCCUCCUCCGACUCCCUGCGCCAGAAGUACAUAAAGAUGUACACAGGCGGAGUGAGCUCAUUGGCUGAGCAGAUAGCCAAUCAGCUUCAAAGGAAAGAGCAACCCAAAACCCUUCUAGACAAGAAGGAACUGGGCUCGCUCAAGAAGGAGUUCCCCCAGAACCUGGGAGGCAGCGACGUGUGCUACUUCUGCCGCAAGCGGGUCUACGUGAUGGAGCGGCUGAGUGCCGAGGGCAAGUUCUUCCACCGCAGCUGCUUCAAGUGCGAGUACUGCGCCACCACCCUGCGCCUGUCCUCCUAUGCCUACGACAUCGAGGACGGUAAAUUCUACUGUAAACCUCACUACUGUUACAGAGUCUCUGGUUAUGCUCAGAGGAAGAGGCCAGCAGUGGGUCCUCUGUCAGGAAAGGACACCAAAGGAGCUGUGCAGGACGCCAUGGCCAGCGAUGGGAAUGGACGGGCCAGCAGCCUCCCCACCUCAGCAGAGAGGGCCCCAGGUCCCAGUGUGAACGGGCUGGAGGAGCCCAGCCUGGCCAAGCGGCUGCGGGGCACUCCGGAGCGCAUCGAGCUGGAGAACUACCGGCUGUCCCUGCAGCGCGAGGAGGAGCUGGAGGAGGUGCCCGAGGAGACCCUGGCAGAGCACAACCUGAGCAGCGUGCUGGACAAAGGGACAGAAGAGGAUGUGCCCAGCAGUAGUUCAGAAUCUGAGAUGGAGGAGGAAGAUGAAGAGGAAGAUGAUGAACAGCAACCCCCUUCAGACCUGGGUGGUGUGCCAUGGAAAGAGGCUGUGCGUAUCCACGCCCUCCUGAAGGGAAAGAGUGAAGAAGAGAUUGAGGCUGAGCAAAAUCAUGAGAUUGAGUACAAAUAUGAUGAUGAGGAGGAAGAAUACGAAGAGGAAGAAGAUGAGGAGUCAAGUGAAGCUGGAAACCUUAGGCUGCAGCAGAUUGUAAAUCCGGUUGAUCCUCUGGAGAUCCUGGCAGAUGUGCACUGGACACACAUCCGUGAGAAAGAGGAGGAGGAAAAAAUGGUCUCAGCCUCAAAGUCCUCCACCUCCAGAGCAUCCGACCUUCCCUCCGUACGCCAUGAGGCGGUACAGGCGUGGCUGGAGACGGUCCCUGGAGCUCCAUGUGAGGAGGAUGAUGUGGAGGAUGAGCUGGGCACAGAGCCUGCAGACACAGAAGGGCAGGCAGGUGAAGAGGGAGACACGGGUGCAGAGCUGGACGAUGACAUUGCCUCUGAUGCAGAAGCAGAGUUUCGCUUACGUCAGAGUGGUGCAGGAGGGGCAGAGCUGAAAGUCUCUGAGGAUGAAGAAGAAGAAGAAGAAGAAGCAGAAGGUGCUUCUCACAGUGUGACAGAAGAAGAUCCAUGCAAGCCAUCCAUCCCCAUCCAGCCCUCUAGUGAGAGUGUUCUUCCUCUGUCUCCAGCUGCUAGUCCCAAAGCAAAACAAGCAGAGGAUGCAGAAGAUCCCCUGGCUGAAGUGUGCCGUGCAAUAAAAUCCCCAGAGCCACGCUUUUUUCCUGAGCCUUUCAUUCUUGAGGAAAGACCAAAGGAUGAAAUUCCCAAAGAAAGGAAAGUUAAGAGCCCUUUGGUGCCACCAUCUCCAGUGUUGUCCCAGCCAGUUGCAUCACCAGAAGCCAUUGCAGCCCCAUCACUUGCAGAGUCCCAGCCAGGAGCACCAGCACUGGCCUCAUCCCCAGCAUCUGCUCAAAUGCCUAUCUGUUCCCAGCCUUUGCCUUCUGCUGAAACAUCCAUUCCAUCCCCAGUGGAGCCUCCAGUAUGUUUCCAACCUGUCCCAGCCUUAACAUCUACUCCUUUAGCCAAAUUGGCCCUGAGGGGCCAGGAUGGUGAGGUGGAAAAACUGGGGAGCCCCACUACUGCAGAAGAAGCCCUGAAACGGAGCAGCCUCGUGGAAGAGUUCUGGAUGAAGAGUGCUGAAAUCCGACGGAGCUUGGGGCUCACCCCCGUGGACAGAAACAAACGCUCAGAGAGCAACUUCACUGUGUCUGCUCUGGAGGCAACUCCUCAGAAGACUUUCAAUAGCAGGAAUAUUUCAGGGGAUGAGAGGAUCCAUCCUGUGAAACCCCAGCCUGCCCCAAGAAGGCAGGGACUAUCCAAGUUAGAAAAUGAGCAGAUUUCUCUGCUUACUCCAAAGUCUCCAUCAGAAAAAGAGCUAAAGAUUUCCAAUGAAGUACGGGGAGAUGUGUCCAGCAGCUCUGGGCUUGGCCUUCAGGAGAGCUCAUCUAACAUGAGAACCAUGGCUAGCCAGAGCUUCAACACUUCUGACUCCACCAUGCUAACUCCCCCGUCGAGCCCGCCCCCACCACCUCCUCAGAACGAGGAGCCGGCCACGCUGCGCAGGAAGAGGUACCAGGCACUCUGGCAGAAUGAGGUGGAAGCCAGGUCACCUCCAACACCAGCAUCAACCCCUCCUGCUCCCCGGCGCCAGGAGCCAACCCCUCCUGCCAAGGAGCCAGCCCCGGCCAAGAGGGAGGAGGUGCGGAAGUCGUUCGCGGAGAGCGUGGAUGAAAUCCCGUUUGCUGAUGACGUGGAGGACACGUACGAUGACAGGACAGAGGACUCAAGCCUUCAUGAGAAGUUCUUUACACCUCCUACCAGCAGGCCAAGGCCAGAGAAACCACAUCUUUUGCCCUUGGUGAAAGAAAAUGGUGGUCCACCCUCCAUGGAAGGAAGGGUUCACCAUAAGAAGAGAGUGUUCCCUGACAUUUCUGUGGAGGCCAAGGAGCUCGCUGAAGAGAGAAUGAGAGCCAGAGAGAAGUCUGUCAAGAGCCCAGCACUACGAGAUGCCAUGGCUAAACAGUUGUGUAAGAUGAAAGAUAUGGAGAUGACUGCUGCUCCUGCUGCUACUGCGGCCACAAGGGCAAGAAAGGCAUCUUCCAUGCCCUUGAAGACCAAAGAGUUGUUUUAUGAGUCUCCAAAACAUUUGGCCUUGAAAUUAGCAGAGGGAUCCGCACGAAAACAUCAUUCUGCUACUGAGAAGUACUCCACUCCUCCUGCUGACAUGGCUGGACCUGAAGGGUCUGUCAGCUCUUCAGAAGGCUCCAGUGGGAAGAGUAAGAAAAGAAGUUCCCUCUUCUCCCCUCGUAAGAACAAAAAGGAGAAGAAAUCCAAAAACGAUAGCAGACUUUCUGACAAAUCUAGUGGUGGGACAGAGGAAGCAACAAAGCCUAGGUCCUUAUGGAAGUCUGUUUUCUCUGGCUAUAAGAAAGACAAGAAGAAAAAGGCUGAUGAAAAAUCUUGCCCAAGUACUCCCUCAAGUAAUGCCACUGUGGAUUCUGGCAAGCACAAACCCUCUGCUCCACUGAUUACAGCUGCAGAUUUACAGCUCCGUCAGCACCUGAGUUUCUCAGAGGACUCUGACCUCUCCAGUGAUGAUAUUCUGGAACGCUCCUCCCAGAAAUCCAAACGAGAGGCGUUUCAUGAGAAAUUCUGCAUUUUCCAAGAGAUGCAGAAGAAUGAGUCGAUCUAUGUACCACACGCCUUGGCAUUCAAGAGAUCAUACUCGUCAAAGAGGGCCUACACAGAGGAGGAGCUGAACGCCAAGCUGACACGGCGAGUACAGAAAGCUGCCCGCAGACAAGCCAAGCAAGAGGAGCUAAAGAGGUUACACAGAGCUCAGAUUAUCCAGCGGCAGUUGGAACAAGUGGAAGAGAAGCAGAGGCAACUCGAGGAGAGAGGAGUUGCUGUGGAGAAGGCCCUUCGAGGAGAAGCAGUUGAGCCCAAUGGCGGGACACCACGUCGUAGACCUCUCUCCUUCUGCCCUUGCUGUGCCCAUGAAGGCAUGGGUAAGAAGGAUGACCCCAAGCUGAUGCAGGAGUGGUUCAAGCUGGUGCAGGAGAAGAAUGCCUUGGUUCGCUACGAGUCUGAACUGAUGAUAUUUGCUCGGGAGCUAGAACUGGAAGACAGGCAGAGUCGACUGCAGCAGGAACUCCGUGAGAGGAUGGCAGUAGAAGAUCACCUGAAGACAGAUGAGGAGCUCUCGGAAGAGAAGAGGAUCCUGAACGAAAUGCUUGAAGUAGUGGAGCAGAGAGAUUCCCUUGUGGCUCUCCUUGAGGAGCAGAGGCUUCGAGAAAAAGAAGAAGACAAGGACCUGGAGGCAGUCAUGCUUUCCAAAGGUUUUAGCUUGAACUGGUCCUGAGCUUAGCACAUUUACCUCUGCUGGUCUAUGUUGUCCAGUUGGCCUACCCUGAGUUUGCCAGAAUUACGUGGAUAGGAAGAUGUUGAAGGGGAAACCUCUGGAAGGUCCAACAGCAUGCAAGGAUUUGGUUUGAAGCACUCAGAAGCCUUUUGAUAAGUGUGUUGGUUCCAGAAGCUUAAGUUUUACAUGUCUGCAAGCCAAGUUGAAGAAAUGAGUUGAGACUGUGGAGUCUCCUUGAGGUCCUGUACGAUGGACCAUAUUUUGUGUGUGGUAGGAGGGAGGGGGGAAUAAUCCAUGUGUGGGGAAGGAGGUUAAGGGAAGAAGUACCCUUAACUACAUUGGAUAUAAGGCAGUCCAUUCCUUUCCCAUUUUUACUACACCAGUUCUAAUAAAAGGGAGGAAAGUGGCAACCUUUCCUGAAAAACCACAGCAGCCUGUAGCAGUGGAGUCAGCUGUCCAAGAGAGCUCCAGAAGCCCAGGGCAACACCUUCUUUGCUUUAGUCUUCCUCCCCACCAAAGAAACCUGCAGUUGAUCCUUAUGCAUGGAUAUGAAGAAAUACAAGACAGAGAAGAUACUGCUAUGUGUGAUGGAACUCUCUGCCUCUUGGUUUUUGGAGAGAAGUGGGCAUCAGUGGACUCUUUCCCUACCUUAGCCUCCUGAAUCUUCUUGUGGGGAACAAGGGGAGCAGAAGAGAGGGAAGAUGCCCGCCUGCUUUGCUACACUGGAGAGGCAGCUACUGCUGGCCUUAGUCUUCAUGGCCACAGCUCAGAGGCUGGUGGGCUUCCUUGUUCUGUUUUUAUUGUGACUGUUUUGACACUGGAAAAUACUGCUGUGGGACAGUGGUAAGUGUGUGCUGGGGCAGGGGUGUUCCCAGGCAGCAUUCCCUGGUUAUUAGGCCCCCUAAAAGGGAGAAGCCCUUAAGUGACUGAACCACCAUUAAGACUUUUCAGUGUUUUUAUUUUUUUUUUUUCUGUAUUUUGUUUUUGCACAUUGGAAACAAAGCUUAAGACCUGCCUGGGCCCUCAGUCACUUUGACCCUUUUAUGUCAAUUAACUUAUUUUUUUAAUACUUGAAAGAAGAUUCAUUUUUGUAUCUUUUAGGAAAAAAAAUGGACGAGUGAUGGGUGUGUGUGCCUGCUGCAUCCUACAACUUCCACUUCAAAAUUACUGGACGUUGUUACCUGUGGCUAUUUAUUAGUGUUCUUAAUAAUAAUUUGAUUGUUACACAUAUUUGAUUGUGGAGGGAGUGUUUUAACUCUGUUAGAGAAAGACACUACUGCGGAUUGGUCCCUGCUUCACAGCAAGGGCAGCCUUUAUGUACCCAUGGAUGCAUCCUGCCCUAGGAGUUUUCAUCUAUGAAAAAAUCCUGUGCACUCAUGGAGUUUAAUAAUCUAUUUGUGUUCUUAGCAUCCUUUUCUUCCACAUCCCACAUUCUCUCUUUUGGACUAACAAACUUAUAUUUAUUUAAAUUUUGCAUUUUUAUAACAAGAAAGCCAAAACUGUGAGGUAGAAAUAUCCCAUAUGUCUCUUCCUCACUGAAAGAGGGGAUCCUCACAGUCCUGAUACAGUUUGAGGUAUUUCCAUGAAAACAAAACCAGCACAUUUCCUGCUGCAUCUAUUGGAAGAAGCUCCUUUUGGCCCAGUUAGUGAAUCUGCUGCUUUUCAGCCAGGAGGGUCAUGACUGUAACCACAUGAUGACUGAUGAGCAGGAUGUGCACUGAGCAGCUCAGCCCCACUCCCUGUGGGACAGACUCCCCGGGCAAGCCGUGUCCUUAACCUAUCCUGCAGAGCUGAAGCAGCACCGUGCACUGGGGAUGGGUCCCAUCCUUCACACGAUGUGUCCAGAGGGUUUCCCUCCUUGGGAUGCAGACUGUGUUCUUUUCCUGUUCAAGAAGUACCAAGGCUGCUUUCUGAAGUCUCUGAGAACGAGUCCCAUUCCCAAGCACAUUUGUACAGCCUACUGACUCUGCCAGCUUGGAUUGACACUGCCGGUGCGAGGCACCCCAGCAGGGCUGAACAUUCUUCAGUCUUUUGCCCUGGCACAGAAGUUUGCAAGGUUUCUUUCUGUUGGCUCUCUACCUCCUUCAGAGGGGUCUCCUGUAAGCCAAGGCCUAUGAUUUGAAUUCACCUCUGACUUGGGAGAAUGCCCCAGGCUGAGGGAGAAUGGGUAGGAGUGUCCAUGGGGACUCUGAGCAGUGCUGGUUGCUAACUGUGGAAACCCCUGUUUUCCACCCAAAGUGUUCUCCCUUUAUUCUACAUAAGGCAUUACAAAUUAAUUCCAGAUACUUGUGAAACCAAGCAGACAGACAGGCAGCUGCAGUGCUACUUCAUAACUGUGUGUGUUUAGCAAGUGGUACCUGCCAUUCCAGCAUCCCAGAGCAUUGGCUUUACCAGCAGGAUGUCUAACAAACAGAAUUCCCUCCUGUUUGCUGGUGCAGGGCCUGCUGCCCAAGUGAGACUGGCAAUGGUAGUUUACAGUCUGCAUUUGAGGGGCAACUGGAAGCUGGAGUGCAGAAAGAGGGAAGAAAGAUGGAAAGUUUACUUGUAAAUUGUCUCGUGCAGAGAAUUGGCCUCAGACCAUUUUAUAGUGCACUGGGUAUAUGGACCACAUCUAACUUGUAACAAAAGGUCAUUGAAUGUGAGCUGUAGAACUAAAAGAAGUCCUGAAGAAGAAACAGCAGAUGGUUUCCCUUUCGUGCUGAGGGACAUUGGCCAGAUCUUUCCAAUGCUGAAGAGGGAGAUCACUUCAGGAUGUAAUACCUUAUUGCACAGAAAACCCACAUAUUCUAACCCUACACUCUUUGGGUUGUGCUGAAGGCCUCCAGCAGCGAGAAUGAAAACAAAGAGCUAACAUCGCACACACAAAUUGAUUAAAAUACACAAAAGGGAAUGUUAAAAGGCCUUUUUAUAUCAAAAUGGUUGUAAAAGGCACAACUUGUUAUUUGCUGUUCAGUUGCACUUUAAGAAUAUGACUUGCAUAUCGGAUAGUGGGUUUUUUUACUCUCUGAAUAUUUUUAAUUCAAAUUUUGUAUUUUUAAAGCUGAAGAAGGUUCUUGUGAGCACAAGAUUCCUUAUUUGUAUCCGAAUCCGAGCAGGAUGUUGUAGCUCUUUGCGCUGCCCGCAGCGCGCACUCAGCCACGUGCGUUCAAUGACGUUUGUCCAUUUCACGUGUGAGGAGAGCCAGGGGACCCUCAGCUCCUCAGAUGUGGGCACACAAGGGUGGCUGUCCCCAGGUGAUGCGGUCCUGACCCGGGGCUGGCUGUGCUUCAUCCCGGCAGCAGGUGGGAAGAGAGCUGAGCUUGGAACCUGAGCCGUGCUGGUUCUGAAAUGGGCACACGGAGGAUGGGGCAAGCCCUUCAGCCCCCUGUGGGGAAGGGAGGGGAACACCAGCUCCUGGGAGGAAAUGCCCAGGAGGUAAAUGGAGAUGGGGGAGUGAGGACUGCCAGAACAACUAAUCUGCUGUUUUCACAGUAUCAUUUUUUUUUAAACUGUUCUGUUCCUUUUAACCAUAUUCUCAUUAAAAGUCACAACUGGCUGUAAAAUUCUGAGCUUCGGAGAACUAAUGUGUGGGGAGGUGACAAGACAUUUCAGCUCCAACUUUCAGACAUAUUCCUUCUUUCAGUUAAUCAAUACCCCCUGGUCUCACUAGGGCAUGUUAUAAACUGCAUUGCUGAACAUAUUUUAGAGCAAACCGCAAGUUUUAAAAGUCUGUCCUUCUCUCUCUGUCUCUGCAUUUUCUGUAAAUAUUUGUUUGUAUGUAAAGGCACCAGUGGAUCCUUGGGCUACCCCCAUGGUCGAGAAUCUGAGUUUUGUGCAAUGCCUAGGCCUCUGUUAGAACACGGUGCUUGCGUAGAGCUAGUCACCACAUUUGUGUGCACUCUGGUGGGUUUUAAUAUUUUUAUACAUCCUAAUCCUGAACGUUAUGAAAUAUUCUAAGUGGUCUAGACAGCAUGAUCUAGAGCAGCCGGCAGUUCCCUUGUGUGAGCAGCUACACCUUGUUUGGUUAACAUUCUUCUAAAAUGAGUUUUCCAUUAAGUGUUUACACCACACACCGGUGGAUUGAGAGAGGUGUUGUUGCAUUGUAAAAUCUCCCAUGUGCAAACUGAAAAGCUGCAAUGGGAAUUUCAGUUGUCACUGUCUGCAAGGAAGAGAGCUCUAAAGCAUACUAAAAACCAGUCUGUAUAUAAUUCACAGAGAAAGAGAUCACUGGCUGUUGACCUUUGCAAAGUAACAGAGAUGGGAAGCUUUCAAAAAGUUCCUGCUUUUGGAUUGUGCUACCCUGCUACCCUGCCUGUACAUGCCUACUACUAGGCGGGGUAGCAGGCAGAUGAGGAUGUGACUGAAAGCAGAUGUGAAGGGGAGGAUGCCAUGUUCUGAUGGCAUUGCAGUAAUUUCAAUACUCUGUAUCUGUGGGUGCAUGCGUGUGUGUGUGAAGUCUACUCCAGGCAAAGGGAGUUGCUUUGGCAUCUGCCCUUUUGUAUGAACGUGAACUCUGAUAUUCAGAUUGUUCAAGGCGCUUACGGUUGGCAUGUAUGGAGCAUUAACAGAAAAGUGAAUACCCUACCUGUACAAAACCAACUCUGUUCCAGCCUGUUUUCUUCUAUUUGGUUGUGUUUUAUCGUUUGUUUUUAUGCACACUUGCUUCAUUGGUGUUGAGAUUUUAGCACCUCAGAUGGCCAACUGAACUAAAAAAAAAAAAAAAAAAAUAAAGUCAUUAAUUAUUUUUUCUUUUUU